AAGUUGCAGCCUGCGUUCAAAGCAGAUGUAACAACUUACAAAGUUACUGUUGCAAGCAAGGUCAACCAGGUUGCAUUGGACCUGCUCACAAGAGACUGCGGAUCCUGUUAUAAAAUCGUAAGUUUCAACAAAGUAAAGUUUUUUGGGAUGCGAAUAUUUUUUAAUACUGUAAGAUAUUCUACACUGUGUACUACGCACGACAUGAUCUGUUCUUCAUGCUCUUGCAAAUCAAUACAUUUAAAAAUUUUCAGCUUUGUGGUGAUGGCUCAAAGUCCAUCACACUGAAUGAUGGAUUGAAUUUGGUUGAAAUAGAGUUGGUAGCCGAGGAUGGGACCUCCAAGAAAUAUUGCAUUGAGGUCACCAAACUGUCUGCGAGGACUGCGGAGUUCAGUGACCUGACCAUUGAAGGAAACGUUCAAUUACAACCUGCAUUUUCUGCAAACAUCUAUGAUUACUCGAGUGAGUGGGUAUGCAUUAAAAAAUAUAUAUGAAAAUAAAGUAUCUAUUCUAUUCUCAUGACUUAUUCUAUUACUUAUAUAAUAUGCUGGGUUUUUUUUUUUUCAACCUGGCAAUCUUUUCAUUUAGGCACAGUUUAUUUCCACUGUAACUCGGGUGACCAUACUCCCGAAGGUUCCUGA